AUGAGCGGCGGAUUCGGGUAUAAGUACUCUUACCUUCAACAUGCUUCAAUAUUAGAUGCCAUCUUGCGAUCUUUUACUGGUCCGACGUUCACUGUUCCUAAUUCGAUUACUCCAGUUGAUAUGGGUGGCUUUUUUGUGUAUUUAUUGGAUAGUAGUCUUAGUCCAACUGCUAAUCCUCUUUGCGGAACUACAACUUCUCUUGUUGGAUCAUGUCCUUUGCAACAAAAAAGUUAUAUAAAUUCUGAUUGGUGCCUUUUGAUAGGAAAUUUCUUUGUAAGCCAAUCUGUUACUUUUGAUAUUUCAUAUCAAGUUUCUGAUACACCUGUUCCUCCUGGAAGUAAUCCCGGUAUUGGUCCUUCUGGAAGUAAACCAAAUCCUACUUCAACUGUUUCUACUAGUAAUUCUUCUGAAUCUACACCUGUUGGAAUGUCUGAAUCUACUAAAAUCGGGGUUAUUAUUGGGUCUAUUUGUGGUGGUUUAGUUAUUUUCGGUUUGACAGCUUCUAUUAUUUUUUACAAACAUUCGAAACAUUUGAAAUUAAAAAAAUAUAAAAAUAGGUCUUGUGAAAAUCUUGAUGAAGAUUUUCUUAAAUAUAAAUCUGAAAUUACAGAUAUGCAUGCUGGUGGUAAACGAAACGAUGAUGGUGGACCUCAUGGAGGAGGUGGUGCUAACGUCAAACAAGAUUAUCAUAGUGGUGGCAACAUUAACACAAAUAACUCUAAUAGCCAUGCUGGUGGUCAUGGUGAUCAUGUUGGUGAUGGUCAUACUGGUGGUCAUGGUGGUGAUCAUGUUGGUAAUGGUCAUGCAGGUGGUCAUGGUGAUGAUCAUGUUGGUAAUGGUCAUACUGGUGGAGAUGGCAACAACAUAGUUAGUCAUACUGGUGGUGGUGAUGACCACAAAAUAAGUAGUCACGUUGGUGGUGCUGAUAAUCACAACAUAAGUAGUCAUGCUGGUGGUGCCGAUAGCCACAACAUUAGUGGUCAUGCUGGUGGUGCCGAUAUCCAAAACAUAGGUGGCCAUUUAGGUGGUAGUGGACAAGGCUAUAAUAAUUCUACUGAUUCACCAAUAUUAUAUGUCGGACAAAAUGUACAGCCUAUUGUUAAAAUCGUAAAAGAUGUAAAAAAAGUAAUGGACAAUUUUGUUGUAAAAGAUGAAGUAAAGGAAGAUAAAGCUGAUAUUUUAUUAAUUGCAAGUGACAAGAGUAGUGAUAAUGAAAAGGACAAAGGAAUCAAAGCUCACAAUUAUGAUGAUGACGUUAUUUUAAAAAUACCUGAUGAAUUAUAG